CCUGAGGGGACUCUUUGCACAUGCUGGAGGCUGAGAUGUCUGAGCUGCGUUUGAGGCUUUGCAGCACAGAGAACAGAGCACAGGUAUUGGCCACAGAGUGUCAGCAGGCUAACAGUGCCCACUGUGAAGCCCAAUCCCAGCUGGACAGGCUGCACUUGGUUCUCCAGCGCGUGAUCUGUGACAGCAGAGACUUAGGCACUUGGAGUUCAGGGUCAUGUCUGGGGCCUAACUGUUUCUCAGGCCAGGGACCUUCCUGCAGAGCUCACAGUGGACAGAGUGGCAGCAGCCCUACAAGACCUGCGUCAGCACCUGAAGCAGACUCAGCAAGCUCUGGUAAUAAUGAUGCGAGGAAGAAGACACAGGACUUGGAGCUGGAGCUGAGCAACAGGCAAGCUGAGAGGGACCAUUUCAGUGCCCACAAUCAAGAGCUGCAGAAACAGUUGGCUCAAAGCCAGGAAGAGACACAGAUGGCAGAACACAAGAAGAACUCUCUACAAGCUGCCUUGCAGGAAGAGGCCACUGCUCUAAAGGAGGAGGCUAUGACUCUACAUCAAGAGGUGGCAUCUUUGGAAAGGAAACUCGAGAGCACUGAGAAGCAAAGAAGGGAUGUCCUGCAUGAACGGGACAGGCUGCAAGCACUUAAAGAAAAACUGGUAUGGGAGAUAAAACUUCUUCAGGAAGCAGUCACAGCCUCUGAAACCCGAGCAAAUACAGCAACAGAUAGGAAUCACUCCCUUGAACAAGAACUCCAAACUACACUGUCUAUCUUAAAAAUUAAAAAUGAGGAAGUGGAAACACAGUGGGAGAAAAUCCAGAUGCUACAGAAAGAAGCAGCAGAGGUAAAAGCUUUGCAGGAGAGUCUCACUCAUGUGACUGCCAUCCUGUCAGAGAGGGAGGGAGAAAUAAAGUUAUACCAGGAACAGAUGAGAAUGCUGGAAAAGCAGAAAGAAAUGCAUGAAACUACUCUCAGUGAGGUUAUCAAGGACAUAACAGAGACAAAACAGAAGACAGAAUCCCAGCAAGAACACAUACAGGAGCUGGAGAAGCAGCAAGAAAAACAAAGGAUUGCUGUAAGCAAAAUGAACAAAGACCUGGAAGAGAGAGAUCGGGAGAUAAGAUCCCAGCAAGAACAGAUACAGGAGCUGGAGAAGCAGCAAGAAAUGCACAGGACUGCUGUAAGCAAGAUGAGCAAAGAGCUGGAAGAGAAGGACCAGGAGGUCAGAUCCCAGCAAGAACUGAUAGCGGAGCUGGAGAAGCAGCAAGAAAAGCAGAAGACUACUGUCAGCAAGGUGACAAAAGAGCUGGAGGAGAGGGACCAGGAGGUCAGAUCCCAGCAAGAACUGAUACGGGAGCUGGAGAAGCAGCAAGAAAUGCUGAGGACUGUGGUGAGCAAGAUGAGCAAAGAGCUGGAGGAGAAGGACCAGGAGGUCAGAUCCCAGCAAGAACUGAUAGCGGAGCUGGAGAAGCAGCAAGAAAAGCAGAAGACUACUGUCAGCAAGGUGACCAAAGAGCUGGAGGAGAGGGACCAGGAGGUCAGAUCCCAGCAAGAACUGAUAGCAGAGCUGGAGAAGCAGCAAGAAAAGCAGAAGACUACUGUCAGCAAGGUGACCAAAGAGCUGGAGGAGAGGGACCAGGAGGUCAUAUCCCAGCAAGAACUUAUACGGGAGCUGGAGAAGCAGCGAGAAAUGCACAGGACUGUGGUGAGCAAGAUGAGCAAAGAGCUGGAGGAGAGAAACCAGGAGGUCAGAUCCCAGCAAGAACAGAUACGGGAGCUGGAGAAGCAGCAAGAAAUGCUGAGGACUGUGGUGAGCAAGAUGAGCAAAGAGCUGGAGGAGAGAGACCAGGAGAUCAAAUUCCAGGAGGGGAAAAUAAUGACUCUAGAACAACACAGUGCAUCACAGGUGAGAAAUCUGCAGGUGGAUCUUGAUCAUAUGAAAGGAAGCUUGAAGGAGAAGAACUUGGAGCUUCUGUCUCUGACUCAGCAGAUCCAAGCACUGGAAACGGAGAGAGAACAGGUGAAAUCUCUGCACGCGAGCCUUGGAGACCUGAGGGCAGUUCUUAAGGACAGAGAGAGCGAGUGUGAUUCUCAAAGGGAUCAGUUAAGACUCUUGCAGCAGUACAAGGAACAGCAAGAGGGCUACCUGCAAGAGCUUCGUGGUACACUAGAAAAGAUGACCCUUUCUUUAUCGGAAAAGGAUCAAGAGCUUGAGUCACAACAAAAGCAAAUCCGGGAAGCUGAAGAAGUCAUGGAAAUGCAGUUAAGGACUGUCCGUGACCAACUGGAGCAGACCUUAGGAACCUUAAAAGAAAAGGACAGACUCCUAGACAUCCAAAAGCAACAAGGAAGGAGCUAUGCGGAAAAAACAGAAGAACAGAUGAAUGUCUUGCACAGAGACUUAGAAUACACUACAGCAAUACUGAAAGAAAAGGAUUUAAUGAUUGAAUCUCAGAAGGAACUGAUUGAGACCUUCCAAAAACAAGAGCAAGACUCUGAACAGCAGAAGGAAAUUCUGCAGCAGCUUCAGGUGGCACUAAAGGAAAAAGAACAAGAAAUUUUAUCCCUUAGAAAGCAAUGUGAGGCAUGCAAGGAAAAGGAGGAAAGGCAUGAAGCCGAGCAAACAAAUCUCCAAGCAACAAAACUGACUCUGAAAGCAAGAGAGGAAAAGAUAGAGGUUCUGGAGGAGGCUAUCUCUAAGCUUCAACAGCAAAAGGAGGCGGCAGCGAUGCAGACUAAAGCCAUACAGCAAAAACUAGAAUACGCUGAAUCUUCUCUAGAAGCGAGAGGUCAAGAGAUAGUGUCUUUGCAAGAGCAUGUCCAGGAGCUUCGAGAGCAGAAGGAGUUAGAAGGCAAGCAGGCCAAGAGUCUAGAGCAGGAUCUAGACAAAAUGAGCCAAAUCUUGAAGGAGAACCAUUUGGAGUUCCUCAGGCAGACAGAGCAAAUGAACGUGUUCCGGCUUCGUGAAGAAAGCACAAAAGUAGCACUAACAUCAUGCCAGCAGCAAGUGGAUCUGCUUGAGCAAGCGGUGAGGAAGAGAGAGGAAGACAAUGAAACUCUCAUGCAAAAACUCCAGCGGCAAGAAGAAGAACUGAAGACCUUGCAGAAUCUCCAGCUUAGGCUAACCAAGAAGAAUGAAGAGGUUAGGCAUCACAGAGAGCAAGAGAAGCUCCUGGAAGAAGCCUUGCAUGAGAAGGAGCAAGAGACCAAGGCUGAAGGUGAACUAAAAGAGUUAGAAGAGGAAGUAAGAGCUCUUCGGGAAGAUCUCCAGCAUGUUCAGCCGACUCUGACAAAGAAGGAUGAAGAGAUCAAGAACCACAGAGACAGAGUCGGGUACUUAGAGAAGACUCUGACAGAGAGAGAACAAGAGCUUAGGAGGCAGAGUGAACUCUUGAAACAAUUAACAUCAGCUUUGCGAUGGAAGGAUGGUGGGGAGACCCUAAAGAAACAAAUCCAGAAACUCCAGAAAUGGGAGGAAGAGGAAGCAGAGAAGAGGCGAGUUCUCCAGGAGAGAGACCGUUCCUUGCAAAGACAGAAGGAGCUAACCCAACAACUGGCGCAUGAGCGGAAAGCCAAGGGGGAAGAAUUGGAGCGCACGAUUGCUAUUUUGAAGCAGACCGAGAGCAGAGAAGUCAAAUGGAGAGAGAAGGCACAAGCACUGACUCUUGCCCUUACCAAGAGUGAAAUGGCCAAUGGGACUCUGAAGGAAGAAAUAGCCAUCCUGCAGAGUAUGGUUUCAGAGAGGGACAAGGACCGGUUUCAUCAUCAGCAGGCUAUUGCAGAAGGGGAGCAGCUAUCAUGGCUCUCGGAGAAGAGACUCCUGUCACAGCAGCUGGAAUGUCUGCAGCGAGCAGUUGCAAGGUUGGAACUGGAGAAGGCGGAGCUGAAGCAACUCAAUGCUGAGCUCAGGAGGACUCUUGAGCAGGUUUCUGUGACCCUUUCUCCUAUCACCAACGUGCAGGUGGAACGUGAACGGAGGAAACUGAAGAGAUAUCACAGUGGUCGGUCGCUGCCAGAUGCGUGCGGAUUUUCUCUCUCUGAGUCUGACCAGCACAAGAUGGCUGCUUCUAGACAGGAGGAGUCUCACGCUCGCUGCAGUCGUCGAUUAGCUGAGUUGCAGAACCAGGUGUCCCUUCUGCAGACGCAGCUGGCACAAGAACGAAAAUACAAGCAGGACUAUAUCGAGUGCUGUGCCAAGACCAGCCAGGAGCUGUCAGACCUUCACCAAGAGCUGUCUUACUCCUUAGCAGCUGUGGUCAGGGAGCCCAAAGCUGCUGUUCUGGAGGCAGAGACCCGGAAGCUCGAUCGGUCUCUGAACCUUAACAUGGCACUAAUAUCUUUGGACCAUCAGUCUCCUGAGGCAUCCGUUGCAUUCAACAGCCAGAUCUGCCAGAAGCAAUGAUCUGAGGUAAAAGGACCAGUGCACAGCAAAUGGUCUCAGUAGGAGCCAAGUUGGAGACCUGCUGUAGCUGGUGAACUGUGGCAGGGGGCUUGGCUCAAGGCAUGAUUUCUAAAGUAAGAUAAAAGUUCAGAACACAGUGUUCACUGCACAUUCCCCAGCAGAAGCAGUGGUAUGACAAAACUGGUGCGGGCUUGUGUGGAUGGGUCAAUCACAGGCCUGGAAAAGCAAGAUGAACCUGAUGAGGAGGUAAAAUUUCUUCCUUUUCCAAAGCACUCCAUCACAGCAUGCCUCAUCAGUCUCCAUGCAGCCCUCCACAUUAUGUUGUUCCUGUCAGUUUCUGUACUGUAUACAAAGACUUCUUGCCUGGUUUUAUUUUUAAAAUAAACUUAUUUCUCCAAAA